AUGAAGCUAUACCUUGCGUAUGUUUUACCCCUGGCUCCACAAGCCUUGUGUGUAGCGGUUUCUCUGGUGGACACUGCGCCUGUACAGGCGACAGGCUUUAGUAGUGAUGCAGCUCCUACCACAGUUGCGUGGAUCACUCUGCGGACAACAAUAAUAAGAUCCAGGACCGUUUCCCCAGGAUAUGCCUGGGGCGGCUCCAGCACCGAGACUGUUAAGAAAAUAUCAUCAGCCGUUAUUUCUUCUCUCGGAUCAUCCACCAAAUCGAUACUGCCGGCAGGUAUGUCGGUUACCUUGUCCCAAACCUCCUCGAGCGAUUUCCCUGAUGCCCAGUUUCUACCCCAGGUUCUCAACCAACAUAAUGCUUAUCGCAAACUGCACAGCGCCCCUGCACUGAUCUGGUCUGCAAAGCUACAGAACAUUGCUCAAGACUAUGCUAAUAACUACAACUGUAAUGGUACCCUUAUCCACUCAAACUCACCCUUUGGCGAGAACUUGGCGUUAGGGUUCAAUUCGACUGGCGCCGUGUCAGCCUGGUACAACGAGUACAAGCUUUACGACUACGAGAAACCUGGUUUUUCUGAAAAAACAGGCCACUUCACUCAAUUGGUGUGGGAAGCUACCACCGAAAUAGGAUGCGCUUACAUCGAUUGUGGGGAUUACUACGGCCAAUAUACGAUUUGUAACUACAAUCCACCUGGAAACGUUGCUGGACAAUAUCAAGACAACGUUAAAAAGAGAUAG